AUGGAUGAAAGGGUAGUUAUUAAUGUUGGAGGAAUCAGACAUGAAACUUAUCAGGCUACUUUAAAAAAGAUCCCUGCUACGCGUCUUUCAAGGCUUAGCCCAGCACAGUCGAAUUAUGAUCCCCUAUUAAAUGAAUACUUUUUUGAUAGACAUCCGGCUGUGUUUGAACAGAUAUUAAAUUAUUAUCGCACGGGCAAGCUGCAUUACCCUACCUCAGUCUGUGGCCCUUUAUUUGAGGAAGAACUUGAAUAUUGGGGGUUAGACGCUAAUCAGGUUGAGCCUUGUUGUUGGAUGACCUAUAAUCAACACAGGGACACCCAAGAAACUUUAGCAGUUUUGGACAGAUUGGACAUGGACUGUCUAAAAGACGAAGACCCCCAGACAAGGGAACAACAAAGAAUGAAAAAAUUUGGAUGGGAGGAAGAAUAUUGGGAAGGUCGAUUGGAUUGGUGGAUGAGGAUAAAGCCGAAACUUUGGGCACUUUUUGAUGAGCCUUAUUCCUCUUCGGCUGCUAAAGUAGUUGCUUCCAUCAGUGUUUGCUUCAUCUGUGUCUCCAUAUUCUCCUUUUGCCUCAAAACUCAUCCCGGUUUUCGAGUUCCUCUUAUAUCCUCAGAUAAUGACAACAACCUUACUUCGCAUAUGGGUGAAAAUAAUAACCUCAGCAAUAAUAAUUAUAAUUCUCCUCAUAUCCAUUCCUCUACUACUUCAAAUACUGCAAGUGACCAUAAAAUAGGCACUGAACCUCACAAAUAUUUUUCUCAGGUGAGGGCUUAG